AUGCAGAUUCUCGGAAUAGGUGCGGAUGGAGACUCUAAAUUUAGAAGAUACUUUCUUGAUGAGUUUAGUAAAAGGCAUGGCAUGGUAGAUGAAGUGAUUUCGGUAUCUCACAAGGGGUUCAGUUUUGUUUCUGUGGUCAAGAAUGUUCAUGGCCUGAGAAUUCCUACUGUUAUGUUUCCUGACUGGAAGCACCUAAUCAAAAAAUGGAGAAACCAGAUUCUAAACGUGCGUCGCGUCCUGGUUCUAGGAGAUUCGUUUGUCAUGAUUGAAGAUCUAAUGAGGUUGUAUGAGGCGAACAAAUUAAAAAGUGGAUUAUGGAAAAGUGACAUUUUCGUCAGGGACAAACAGAACGUGGCUGCAGCGCUACGAAUUUUGCAACCUGAAGUCCGAGAAUGCUUGAGCGAGUGGAAUAAGGACCGCAGUCAAGCAAUUCGAGUUUACCUUAAAGUAGGACAUAACAUGCUACGUGCAUAUACAGAUGAAAAUCUCACUGUGAAAGAACGGUCAAAGCUUGCUUGGUCUUCAGUUUGCUUUGUCAGAUUAUGGAAAGCUUGGGUAGAGAUGUCAAAUUAUCCAAUAGAGUCCUCUUUUAUAUCCUUACAAACGUACAACGAUAUAGUGCUUGCGGGACACUCGCUUAUAUUGUCGAGAAAAUUAUUUUCGGAGUACUUCCCCGAUCAAUCUUUUAAUCCCUCUACGUUUGGUUCUGACAGUUGUGAAAGACUUUUUGCACGCUGUCGUGGGUUUUGUAAAGGAAAACAAAUUUUUGUAUGCUGGACAUGCUCGACAUUUGCGGCAGAAUAGCAAAACUCGAUGAGCUGAAACUUAAGGAGCCUCCAGUUGUUUCUCGCACAUCUUGGCCAGAGUUUGUGGAAGAUGAAAUCUUGAGCGGCAUCAAGGAGGCAGAAAAGAAGUUCUGAAAACCAUCGAGGGACUAGGCAUGCUGCCACUUUUAGCUGCUGGUAACAUAUUAAGAUUAGAUGAUUCAGGGGACAUACUGUAUAUCAACCCAGGAAUAGAAGCCUUAGCUGAUAUACGUGACGGUCCUGAUGAAAGUGACACUAUAACCGUAGAAGAAUUGCUAGACGUGGAAAACGAUGUUCUAUGUUCUGCUGCUGAGACUAACGAACAUUGCUAUUCCUUUGCGCUAUCUGAUCUGGCAGCGUCCUCCAUCCCAAGGUCAAAUGCAUUUGACCGAGAAGAAGGAGGAGAGGAAAAUGGUGAUGUCGAUGACGAUGAUGACCCAAGGCAUUGCCAUCUUUUCCAGAAGGGUACCUGUAAAUACGCAAAUCCUGCCUUUAAAGCUCCAAAGACGACUCACUGGAUUGGUUGUGAUUAUCCAGGGUGCGACAACUGGUUCCACGAAUCAUGCUUAAAUCUCAAAUUCUCUACAGACUCAGAGAGAGAAACGUAUGCCUUUGUUUGUACAUCGCAUGGGAACGUAAAAGGGAUGGAACAAUAUAAGGACCUAGUUGCUGCGACGGCGUCAGAUAUUUCCAUGAUGGAGGAAGACGAGCAGAAUGAAGGCACGUUCCACUUGAAGAGACGAAGGAGAUUUAAUUACGGGGAGAAAACAUCAGCAGCUUCACAAUGUUCAGUUCCACCCAACUAUGUUGAGUAUGAUGGAGAAUUUUAUCACAUUGCGGAAUUUUUGUCUCUUCAGCAGGGAAAAGUGUAUAAGCCAUCUACUUCUAGAAUGGCUAGAUGGAUGGCUGUCUCAAGGAAUGAUUUCUACGAACGGGUAGAAAGGCUCGUAGCACCAACUAGAUCAGAAAACGGACUAUAUUUUGAGGAUAUAGCGGCAUUCUGGGUCCCACGUCUCGGUAUGAGAUGCGGUUUGGUAUUGCGGCUGGUGCGUAACACGUUUUCUAAAUCCCCUGUUCCUGUCUUUGAGUGGAAGAAA